AUGCCUAUUUUAGAUUUAAUCCAUUUCAAUGACGUUUAUAACGUCAGUCCUGCAAAAGAAGAGCCUAUUGGAGGAGCUGCCCGAUUCCGAUCAGCGGUUGACAGCGUUAUUGAAGCCGUUAACCCCCUGGUGCUUUUCUCCGGGGACGCUUUCAAUCCGAGUCUGGAAGGCAGUGUCACGCGUGGCAUGCACAUGACCAAUGUGUUGAAACUUUUAAAUAUCAAUGCGGCUUGUAUCGGUAACCAUGACUUUGACUUUGGUCUUCCUCAACUGCAAAAGCUGUUGGGAAAUACCAACUUUCCCUGGCUUCUUUCCAACGUCCUUGACGAAACCGGUGAACCACCGUCGCCUCUGCAACGUCACCUUAUCCUCGAACAUCCAUCUUCUGGAUUACGCAUUGGUGUCAUUGGUCUAGUAGAAGAAGAAUGGAUUCAAACUAUUCCAUCAUUUCCUCCCGAGUUGGUGUAUCAUGAUUUUGUGAAUGUGGGGCACCAGCUGGCGAAAAUGCUGAAAGAUCCUGAAGGUUCAUACAAGGUGGAUCUCGUGAUCGCAUUGACCCAUAUGCGCGUUCCCAAUGAUAUUAAGCUUGGUCAAGCCUGCAGUACAGAGAUCGAUCUCAUUUUAGGAGGCCAUGAUCAUUUUUACUAUGUCUCUCAAGGUCUCGACAUUGUCGGCAAACAUUGGACGAGAGAAGAAAACUUGAAAGAUGUCGGCUUUGAUCCCGAAAAGGGUCAAACGCCCACAGAGCGGCCUGUUCGUGUUGUCAAGAGCGGCACGGACUUUCGCGAAUUUUCGCAUAUUCAUUUGGAAGUGGAGACCGACGAUAACGGCAGAAAGUAUAUCAGCCAUGCUUCCGUGGAACGUAAGAUUGUGGAUUCAACUGUGAGCCCCAACAAGGACAUGGAACAAGUGGUAGACGAUGUGGCCAAGCUCGUGUCGCAAAAGACACAGCGGCCUAUUGGCUACACGGCUGUGCCACUGGAUGGACGAAGCCAGGCUGUGCGUACACGCGAAACGAAUUUGGGAAAUCUGACGGCCGAUUUGAUGUUGAUUUCUUACCGUUUUCUGAAUACCCCACCGGAUUUUGCUUUAUGCUGUGGUGGCACGAUCCGCAAUGAUAGUAUCAUCGAAGUGGGUGAACUGACACUGGGGGAUAUCAUGACGGCUUUUCCCUUUCAGGAUCCGGUGGUGGUGGUCAAGCUUACGGGACAACAGAUUUGGGACGCUCUAGAGAACAGUGUAUCCGAAUAUCCGAAACAAGAAGGCCGAUUUCCCCAACUGGCAGGAUUGCGCUUGGAAUGGAAUCCCAAUAAACCCCCCGGUCAACGUGUUCGUCGUGUCUUGUGCGUAAGAGGACACCAGAUCGGCGAUCCCUCCGCCAUGCGACCUCGCCUGCUUCCCCGUGACAGUGAAUUGAGAGCACGGUACGACCCGGAUAACAUGGAUCCCCUGGAUCUCGAACGUGAGUAUGUGGUAUCCACACGAAAUUACUUGACAGGUGGUUACGAUGGCUACACAUCGCUUAUGGUGUCUCCUGAUAAAUACGUCAUUGACGAUGAAAACGGCGUCUUGGUGACGACACUAUACCGAAAGUUCUUCUUGGGACUGAAAUACUUUAAUGCUUUCCGUGAAAGUCUGAUCAAUCGAAAAAAACGCAUGGAAGACAAGAAGAAGCAUGACAAUGAACGUAUCCAACGAGUGGUGGCGGCCGCCGCCAAUCAUUGGUUAAAGAUGGCCAGCCAACUGCAACCCGAAGAGGACGAUGACGAAAAAAGCCAUUAUCGCGGCUCCUUCUCAAGUGACAAAGUCGAAGAUCGUGCAGAGUACAACUGUACAGACGAUUGCAUGAUCAAUGCCUUGCACGAUGCGAAUCAAGGUCACCCCAGCUGUAUUGCCGCGGAGGACGAUGAAGACAAAGAUCCUGAACCUGGCAAACGGUAUCCCAACGAUGAAGGAGAAUCGUGGCUUAAGCGAUGGGCUAGUAUCAGUCCUUCUGUUCAAGGUCGCAUUGUACAAGUAGACUACUAG